UCACAACAGAGAAGGACAUCCAGACCCAGCCCGUGCGUCCUGGAAAACUAAAGUGCUCUUGGGGUGAAAAAGUGAGCAGCAACCAUGAGUACCGACGCCGAAAUGGCCGUUUACGGCAAGGCCGCCAUCUACCUGCGGAAGCCGGAGAAGGAGAGAAUUGAGGCACAGAGCAAACCUUUCGAUGCCAAGACUGCCUGUUAUGUGGCUGAUACUAAGGAGCUGUACCUUAAAGGCACAAUCCUGAGCAAAGAAGGGGGCAAAGUCACCGUCAAAGUCACUGACACCCAAGCAACUGUAACAGUUAAGGAGGAUGAUGUCACCCCAAUGAACCCCCCCAAGUUCGAUAAAAUUGAGGACAUGGCCAUGAUGACUCACCUCAAUGAAGCCUCUGUGCUGUAUAACCUCAAAGAGCGUUAUGCAGCAUGGAUGAUCUACACCUACUCUGGGCUGUUCUGUGCCACGGUAAAUCCCUACAAGUGGCUCCCAGUGUACGACCAAGAGGUUGUGGCAGCCUACAGAGGCAAAAAGCGCAUGGAGGCCCCACCACACAUCUUCUCUGUCUCAGACAAUGCCUAUCAGUUCAUGCUCACUGAUAGAGAAAAUCAGUCUGUCCUGAUUACUGGAGAAUCUGGUGCUGGAAAGACUGUGAACACCAAACGUGUCAUCCAGUACUUUGCGACAAUCGCAGUGGCAGGUGACAAAAAGAAAGAAGCAGCUAACAAAAUGCAGGGAUCCCUGGAGGAUCAGAUCAUUGCUGCUAACCCCCUGCUGGAAGCUUAUGGAAAUGCCAAGACUGUGAGGAAUGACAACUCCUCUCGAUUUGGUAAAUUCAUCAGAAUUCAUUUUGGCACAUCUGGAAAACUGGCCAGUGCUGACAUUGAGACUUAUCUGCUGGAGAAGUCCAGAGUAACAUUCCAGCUUCCAGAUGAGAGAGGCUACCACAUCUUUUACCAGAUGAUGACCAACCACAAACCUGAGCUGAUUGAAAUGACGCUCAUCACAACCAACCCCUACGAUUUCCCCAUGAUCAGCCAGGGCCAGAUCACAGUGGCCAGCAUUGAUGACAAGGAGGAGCUGGUGGCCACAGAUACUGCCAUCGACAUCUUGGGCUUCACCAAUGAUGAGAAAAUGGGCAUCUACAAGCUGACUGGUGCUGUGAUUCACCAUGGUAACAUGAAGUUCAAACAGAAGCAGCGUGAGGAGCAGGCUGAACCUGAUGGCACAGAGGAGGCUGACAAAAUUGCUUAUCUCCUGGGCUUGAACUCAGCUGAUAUGCUUAAGGCUCUGUGCUAUCCCAGAGUGAAGGUCGGAAAUGAGUUUGUCACCAAGGGGCAGACUGUACCACAGGUCAACAAUUCAGUAAUGGCUCUGGCCAAAUCUAUCUAUGAGAGAAUGUUCUUGUGGAUGGUCAUCCGCAUCAACCAGAUGUUGGACACAAAGCAGUCCAGACAGUUCUUCAUCGGUGUGCUGGAUAUUGCUGGCUUUGAAAUUUUUGAUUUCAACAGCAUGGAACAGCUGUGCAUCAACUUCACCAAUGAGAAACUGCAACAGUUCUUCAACCACCACAUGUUUGUGCUGGAACAAGAGGAGUACAAGAAAGAGGGAAUUGAGUGGGAGUUCAUUGACUUUGGUAUGGAUUUGGCUGCCUGCAUUGAGCUCAUCGAGAAGCCAAUGGGCAUCUUCUCCAUCCUUGAAGAGGAGUGUAUGUUCCCCAAGGCUUCAGACACAACUUUCAAGAACAAACUG